GAAGGCGGCCAGACGGGAGCAUGGUCGCGGCUCCGCAGCAGCCUCCGCCGCUGCGCUGCGCUCCUCUCCCUGGCCUUCAGCGCGGCUCCCGACGCCCACAGCCGCGCGGGGCUCUGCGUUAGCGGCGGAGGCUGCGAUGCACUGGCCGCCGCCGCCUCCCGCCGCCGCGCAUCCUCCCGCCGCCUGAGGACGCGGCCGCGCACCCGCGCUGCCGGCCUAGGGCCGCCUGCGCCCCCGCGGAGGGAGGUAAUCUGGAUUCCCAGGUACCUCCUGCUAAAUGCAAAGGUUUGCUGUCCUGUUUACUGACUGUUACACCUGAGGCUGAUUUGGAUACAGAUUCUGAAUAUCUCAGGGCCAGCUCUCGCCUUCCCUUUGAGAAGAAGCUGCCCUCUAUCGAGAUGUCACGGCAUCACAGCCGGUUUGAAAGAGAUUAUCGGGCCGGGUGGGAUCGCCGGGACUGGAGCUCCAACGGCACUCACGUCAGCAGCACCAACUGCAGCAGCGCCGUGAGCACCAACAGCAACAACCGCCCCGGGCUGCUGCCCCUGCCCAUCGUCCCCUCCCGGCUGCCCACCCCAGCCACUGCUGCUUGCACUACUGUCAACAGCGAUGUGAUCACAAGCCUGGUGGCCAACUCAUCUCCAGCUUCAACUACCAAAUGUCGUGCGCUGAUGUCCCUGGUGUCCUGGAGCAGCAAGUGUCGCAGCCGAGACCUUGGUUCGAUACCUCAGCUCCGUUCCCUGAUGUUCUCGCUGAGAAACGAAGGCAGCUGGACACCUUGCAUUUCCAAGACUGAAAAUCAGCCUCAAGGACUUGCAACGAGCGUCAGGUGGGGACAGACACCCAUCAAUCAGUCUACGCCCUGGGACACUGAUGAGCCUCCAUCUAAACAGAUGAGGGAGAAUGAAAACCCAGGUGCAGCGCCUUGGGUCACCACGGUGGCAGCAGGCAGCCAGCCCGCCCUGAUCACGCACUCCUACGGGAUGACACAGCCGCCCACCUUCAGCCCGGCCGCAAACGUCCAGGCCCCCGUCAUCGGCGUCACGCCCUCCCUCCCUCCGCACGUCACCCCCCAGCUCCCGCUGAUGCCGACCCACUACCAGCUCCAGCCGCAGCCCUCCCAGCCCCUCAGCAACAUGGUGGUCAACCUCCAGAGCCAGCCCUUGUACACCAACAGCCAGCCCCUCAGCAUGUCCUCCAUGAGCAGCGUGGGCCCUGUGGCCCACCCGGGCCCCGGAGCAGUGGGCAAUGGCCACCUGGCCUGCCCCAUGCUGCCACCACCGCCGCCAACCCUGCCCUCAGCUGCGCUGCCCAGUAGCGCGCCGACUACCAAUGGGCAGACGGCCAACUCGCUGCCCCCCAGCACGGGAGGUGCCCCAGAUAACACCAACGGGGUGCAGAUGCUGCGGACGAUUGGCGUGGGGAAGUACGAGUUCACGGAUCCCUGGCACCCCAAAGAAAUGUUGAAGGAGUUGAACCAGCAACGCAGAGCGAAAGAGUUUACAGACCUGAAAAUUAUUGUUGAAGGCAAAGAGUUUGAAGUCCACCAAAAUGUUCUAGCUUCCUGCAGCUUGUAUUUCAAGGACCUGAUUAAAAGGUCACCACGAGACAGUAGCAGAAGCGGGGAGAAGCUGGAACUGGCCAUGUCCAACCUCACUGCGGAUGUCCUGGAAUUACUCCUGGAGUUUGUUUAUACAGGUUCUUUGAUCAUAGAUUCAGCAAAUGCAAAAACCCUACUGGAAGCUGCCAGCAAGUUCCAGUUUCAUACUUUCUGUAAAGUCUGCGUUUCAUUUCUAGAAAAACAGCUGACUGCUAGCAACUGCUUAGGAAUAUUAGCCAUGGCUGAAGCCAUGCAGUGCACUGAACUAUACAACAUGGCCAAAGCAUAUGCCCUGCAAAUUUUCCCAGAGGUGGCAAACCAAGAAGAAAUCCUUAAUAUCUCAAAAGAUGACUUCAUUUCCUACAUGUCCAAUGACAGCCUGAACACCAAAGCAGAGGAACUGGUGUAUGAAACGGUGAUAAAGUGGAUUAAGAAGGACGCUGCAAUCAGAGCUCAGUAUGCUGCAGAGUUGCUGGCAGUGGUGCGUCUCCCCUUCAUCCAUCCCAGCUAUCUGCUAAACGUUGUUGACAACGAGGAGUUGAUAAAGUCUUCGGAGGCUUGCCGAGACCUAGUGAACGAAGCCAAACGUUAUCACAUGCUGCCGCACGCCCGACAAGAGAUGCAGACACCAAGGACCCGGCCCAGGCUCUCUGCAGGUGUAGCUGAGGUAAUAGUCUUAGUUGGGGGUCGUCAGAUGAUUGGCAUGAACCAACGUGCUUUAACAGCAGUCACUUGCUUAAAUCCUCAAAACAACAAGUGGUACCCACUGGCCAGCCUGCCCUUUUAUGAUCGUGAGUUUUUCAGCGUGGUCAGCGCUGGGGACAACAUCUAUCUCUCAGGUGGCAUGGAGUCAGGUGUCACACUUGCUGAUGUCUGGUGUUAUAUGUCCUUGCUCGAUAACUGGAACCUGGUGUCCCGCAUGACAGUCCCCAGGUGUCGACAUAACAGUUUGGUGUACGAUGGGAAAAUUUAUACCAUUGGAGGGGUCGGUGUGGCAGGCAACGUUGACCAUGUGGAAAGGUAUGAUACAAUAACCAACCAGUGGGAGACGAUUGCUCCUCUGCCCAAGGCCGUACACUCAGCUGCUGCAACCGUUUGCGGAGGGAAGAUCUACGUCUUCGGCGGGGUGAAUGAAGCCGGGCGAGCUGCGGGGGUCUUGCAGUCCUACGUCCCUCAGACUAACGCAUGGAGUUUCAUAGAGUCUCCCAUGAUCGAUAACAAAUAUGCUCCUGCAGUCACUCUCAAUGGGUUCAUCUUUAUUCUUGGAGGAGCUUAUGCACGAGCAACCACCAUCUAUGACCCAGAGAAAGGCAAUAUUAAAGCAGGCCCCAACAUGAACCACUCCAGGCAGUUCUGCAGCGCUGUGGUUCUGGAUGGAAAAAUCUAUGCCACUGGUGGGAUCGUUAGCAGCGAAGGACCUGCCCUGGGAAACAUGGAGGCCUACGACCCUAAAACAAACACAUGGACACUUCUACCAAAUAUGCCCUGCCCUGUUUUCCGACACGGCUGUGUAGUAAUCAAGAAGUACAUUCAGAGCGGCUGAUGUUACCUGGGAGUUGGACAGAGAACUGCGCGUACCUGCCGAGAGCAGGCAAGAGGAAUACUACUACUUGAGAAACAAAAGCAGCAAAAAGCCAGCCAGUGAACAUAUUGCUCUAAAGUCUUGAAUAGUGUCUACAUUGAAUGUAGAAAAAUCAUCCUCACCUUUUGGUGAACAAGGAGCAGAGAGCUCCGUGCUAUGUAUGAUAUUGUAACUUAACACAAGGGUGCCGCUAGAUGUUAUAGUGGCACUUGUUCUGGAUGUCGGCUUUUGGUCAACCCAGGUGCAAUAGAAUUUCACAUAUUUUUUAAGCUGGGGAAGAGAAGAAAAAAAAAAACACAAACAAAACAAAAAAAAAAAACCCAAACAAAAAUCUGCAUUUUACUUUAGAGCUCAAGCUUGAUUCUUAGCAUAACCAUGCAGAUUAGUUUUAUUACACUUUAGGCAUCAAUCUAUUUGAAAGGUCAAAGUGUCCUUACCACUUUGAAUCCUGCAUUUGUUUUUAACAAAUACCUGCUUUUCGAUACCAAUGACUGAGAAAAAUCUUGUGUGGCAGAUGGCUUACCUUGAUGUUAGUCUUCCAUCAGAUCAAACAGAUCUUGCAGUCCACUAGAGCAGGGCCCAAGAAGCAGGGGGGAGAGGUUGGGACUGGGGAGAGGAACAACAGUUGGUAAUAAAUGCCAUGUUAACUGGUGGAGGAAAAAAAAGAGUCUGCUGGUCUGGAUGAGUUUCUGCUCUUGGUGAUACAGCGUGUGCGGCCAUACCCACAGGUGUGGUGGUGGGGGGGUGUCAUUCUAAACCUUUUCCUCCUGGUUUCUGCUGAUGAGCAAACUUGGCAGUGCUGAACUCCCACAAUGCAAAAUGAAACCAGUUUCAAUUCCAGAGGCAUCCUCCUGCUAAACCCACUCUUCUGGUUGGGGGUCACAUUGAAACACAGAACGCAGUGUGGGAUUUCCAUCUUGUCAUCAAGUGGAGAAGAUGUCUCCCUUUGUGGCUACACACUCAGUUUUGGCUCUGAAUCAAAAUUCCUGACAUUGGGAUACAGCCACUACCUUUUAUGUGAAGUCUGAGAAGACUUUUUUUGUUUCAUGUAUUGUUUGGGUGUGGAAACCCUCACGCUUCUCUUAUUUACUGAUUUUUAAACACACACAGAGUUGAAAUCCCAUGGUAGGAAAAAAUGCAUAGACUUAAGCCCAGUAUAAGAGACUGAAAAUGAUUACUCUGUAGAGUUGUAAGUAUAUGCACAGCACAGGGGUUAUAUUUUUAUAUAUAUUAAAAUAUUGUCUAUCCAGAGAGCAUUGUGACGUGGAAAUUCUUUAUAAAUUUAUACAUCAAAGGAUCAAUGGGAGGAGGAUUGGGUAACAUAGAGGGGGCAGGGGAAAGAAUCUUAAAUAGGAAGUAACCCCAAGCUAAGGAUUGUCUGAUCUCUUUCCAAGCAGAGGGAAAAAAAGUUGCCAUACUUGCCUUCGCAGACUCAAAGCCCAAAUGCCAUGCCAGUAAUUCAAGGAGGGUCCUAAACAGGGCGUGGGGGAGAUCUUACUGUCAAUGUCUAGUUGAAUUUCAUACCAAAUAUGCUAGCCUUUUUAUAUGGAGGGAGGUCUGCCUACAGCUUUGGGGAAAUCAAUGCAGAUGGUUAGCUAAUCAUCUUAUUUUAUUAAUAACCAUUUAUAAAAUAAAAGAAACAAAACAACAAAAAAAAAAUAAAGGAAAUUUGUGUCUUGCAGUAUUUAAAAGUGCUCAAGUCAGCUGAGUCAAGCUAUAGGGUGACUCAAGUCUCUCAUUUUGACAGUGAGGUUCCAGCCUUUGUUAUGCAGUUGUUUUAUUUAUUCUUUAAAGAAAAAAAAAUAAUAAUAAUAAGCACAACAAAAUUAUAUGCUAGUCUGUCAUUUAAAGUAUUUAUGUCAAACAGGGUGCAAGUGUGAACCUAAAGAUUGGAGCACAAGUUUCUAACUGCCUGGGGCAGGACUAAUUUUAGUGUUGGUGUGUGUCUGCCUCCAAAGGAGGUGCUACCUGUCAACAAGACCUAAACACAUUCAACAUUUCCAAUUUAGCUUAUCUCCUCAUUUCUCACACUGGAACAAAACUGGCUAUUUCUGUGAAUACUAUUCAAACAGGGUUAUCUGUAAUGGUAUUGUAUAUAGUUUAUGUUUACUGUUAAGUUCUUGUUAUAUUAUAAUAAAUAUAUUUAUAGAUCUA